AUGAAACUGGUCGAUCAAGUUGUUAGAAGUUUUAAGGUAGCAAAAGUGUUUCGAGAAAACACGGACAAAAUAAACAGUAUAGACUUUUCACCUAAUGGUCACACAAAAAAAGUUGUUACACUGUGUUUGUCACCAGUGGAAGAUACGUUUUUAUCUGGAUCCUUAGACAAAACAUUGCGUCUUUGGGAUUUACGUUCACCAAAUUGUCAAGGUUUAAUGCACUUAUCAGGACGACCUGUUGCAGCUUAUGACCCUGAAGGACUUAUAUUUGCAGCUGGAGUUAAUUCUGAAAGUAUAAAACUAUAUGACUUGAGGUCAUUUGACAAAGGUCCUUUUGUUACAUUUAAAUUGAAUCAAGAAAAGGAAUGUGACUGGACAGGAUUAAAAUUUUCACGUGAUGGAAAAACUAUGUUGAUAAGUACAAAUGGGUCAAUUAUACGGUUAGUCGAUGCAUACCAUGGUACUCCUCUUCAAACAUUCACUGGACAUCUGAACAAUAAAGGCAUACCUAUUGAAGCAUCAUUUAGUCCUGAUUCACAGUACAUUUUUAGUGGAUCUACUGAUGGUAGAGUACAUGUGUGGAAUGCGGAUACUGGAUACAAAGUCUGUGUUUUAAAUGGAGAUCAUCCAGCACCAAUUCAAUGUGUUCAGUUUAAUCCUAAAUUUAUGAUGCUAGCAUCUGCAUGUACUAAUAUGGCAUUUUGGCUCCCUACAGUUGAUGAUGUCUAA